AGCACUUAGUUUACUAAUUUUGAAGUUAACACGUGUCCGUACAUGAUGAGUGAAAUUUCAUUUCCUUCCCUUCAAAAUUUCUUUCAAAAUGCGAAGGGUUUAUCCCAAGUCAAUGGUAGUUAUCAUCUCAUCUGUUCCUGCAUGUAAACAUUGUCUGAGAAGAACACAGUAUGCUAUUCAAAAUUCAGAGUCGGUUGUUGCAACCAAAGGUAUGGAGAUUUGUGUGUUUUGUCUCAUCUGUUGUUGGACUACUCAGCUACGCUCUCAGCUCCUCCUUCAAUCAGUUAUUUGGAGAGUGGAGCUGGUGGAAGAUACUACUUUUUAUUGUUUUCAGUUUCAUCAUUUCCCUUUUCGUCUUGUUUGCAAAGGCAUGGCAGAAUUCCACCUCUACCAGGCUGGAAGCUCAUAUAGCCUUUUUUACUUUGCUCAUAACUUCUGUGUACUCAUUUUUCUUGGAUAAAGAAGUGAAAGGGAAACCAGAUGCAUAUAGCCUUGUUUCCUGUGCCGCAUUUGCUAUCAUGUCUCUAGGCUUGUCGAGACUGAGUCACCUUGGAUUUGAGCUAGAUCUCUUGUAUUUUUUCAGUGGAAUUUUAACAGUACAACUCAUGAAAAUAAAAUUGUGGUUGGUAAUUGUUGGAGGGAGUUUCAGUUAUUCCCUCAUCAUUCUUCGUUCUAAUUUGGAUGCUUUGUCAAGAAGUGGGUAUCUUGAACUCCAUGUCCCAGACCAUGUAGACAUUGAAAUUGCUUCGAAUUCACAUGGAUCUGGUCACGUUGCUUCUCAAGUUGAUUCAACCCAAGUAAUUACUGGUGCUGGUAAUACUCAUCUUAUGAUUAUCAGGCCACAAGAGGCCGAUGCCACUCCACAAAAUGAGGAUCUAGGAUUCUCGUUCUCUCAAGUUGGUUCAGCUUCACAAGAAGGCAAAAGUGGUCGUGAUAAUAGUAUCAUUGCACGGUUCAUGGGUUGUAUAGAAGCGCUUAAGAAGGAGAAAACAAACGUUAUCCACACGAUUUCCAAGCAUGUAGACAAAUACCUUAAGACUAAUGUUGUCGUUGACGAGAACUAUAUUCCGGUGUCGGAAAUUCAUUGUGACGACAACUUGGUGAUGGAUGCAUUGUCACCCGAAAUUAUCAAUGACCUUCGUGAAAGCGUGAGGUUGAUGGUGACAGCAGGAUUUGAAGAAGAAUGCUGCACAGCGUACUGUAGUUGCCGGAGGGUGUUUAUGAAUGAGAUUCUCUCGAUAUUUGGAUUGCAAGUGCAAGAGCUCAAAAGAAAGGAAAUUGAUAUGAUGAAGAUAAAAUCUUUGAACGCACUAGUGAGGAUACUUUUUCCCAAUGAAAGGAGACUCUGUGAUCGUGUAUUUGAAGGUUCCAUUUCCUCUAUGAGGGAGGUGUAUGCGAAUUUGACAAUUCCUCUAAUGAUCAUUGUCAAUGCUUUAGCUAUUUGGAGCAAUUCGCCAAGUCCUUUUUCUGGCAAAUUUUUGGAGUUGAAAAAACUUAUUCUUACUUAUGGUGAUAAGGUUCAGGCCACUGUUCCCUGUGACGGGCUUCAUCCGAUUACCCGUGAAGUGAUGAACUACAUUCGUGAUGUUUCCAUAAAUAGGAAUAGUAGCCCAAGGCAUGAUUUGGAAGAAUCCACCAUGAUUGAUAGAGUGGGAAAGCUUUCUCUAUCUGUGCACAUGGCCAAGAUAAUGGAGCUGUUAGAGAGAAGUUUGAAAGCCAACUCCAAAAAUUACAAUAACCCUUCACUGGGUUACUUUUUCAUCAUGAACAAUCGGAGGUUCAUAGAGCUAGAGGUAGAAUUAUAUGGAUUAGGACCUAUUAUUGGUGAUGACUGGCUUCGAAAAAACAGAACAAAAUUUCAACAAAACCUUCAACUCUAUCAUAGAAGCUCAUGGAAUAAGAUUGUGAACAUUUUGAAGCUGGACAUCAAUGAGUCCCCUAAUGUUGAAACUGAGUUAUUGAAAGACAAGCUUAAUUCUUUCAAUGAACACUUUGAUGAGAUAUGCAAUGUUCAGUCUACGUGGUUUGUCUUUGAUGAGCAGUUAAGGGAACAAAUAAUAAAAUCUAUAGACAACAUCUUGUUGCCUGCAUAUGGAAGUUUCAUCAAGAGGUUUCAGAAUUUUCUUGAGAAGCAAGCUUAUGAGUACAUUAAGUAUGGAAUCUUUGAUGUUAAAGAACAUGUCAACAAUUUGUUUCUAGUAAGGGAGUAGAUGAAUCCGAUGCUAUAACAGAAGGAAAAUACCGAGUUAGCAUAGAUCUAAAAUACAAAAGUUUUAUUAUUACAAACAUAGUUCCAAAGAAAGUGUGUUUCAUCACGAAAUCACAAACGCCGAGUUUCCCUUUU